GGGGACCCCCGACACGCUGAGAACCCUCCGUGGUUGUCUGCUAUAUCUAGGUGGCUAGGGAUAUACACCCUUCCUUCAAUCAAGAGCAUAAAGGUUUUCUGGUCCAACCACUGAAUCUCUUAACCUUGACAAAAAUCAGGAGCCCUCCGAGAACGAAACCGGUCCUCUCUUUCCAUACAUGAGGGCAGAGAGUGAAUAUCUUCCUUGAAAUGAGCAGCUACCAGCGACCUGUCAGCCGAGAGGACUUUCCAGUCGCCCUUGUUUGCGCCCUUCCCCUUGAGUUUGAUGCUGUCUGUAUGGUAGUCGAUGAGUUCUGGGAUGAGGAUGGUGAUCAAUUCGGCAAAGCUGAAGGAGAUCGUAACAUGUACGUUACUGGGCGCAUCGAUAAGCAUAACGUUGUCAUUGCAUUGUUAGGCAAGGGAAAGGUAAACUCAGCAACCGCCGCGACGAGCCUACGCACAAGCUACCCGAAUAUUUGUCUCACAAUCCUAGUUGGAGUUUGCGGUGCCGUCCCUUCAAUUACAGAGAGGGUUAUUGGGCUGGGUGACGUAGUUAUCAGCGACACCAUUGUUCAAUAUGACUUUGGGCACCAGAAGGAUCAUGAGUUUGUCCGAAAGAAAACCUGUCAUGAUGAUGUGGUACCGAAAGAAAUCAACAAUCUCCUAGAAAGCCUCCAAACGGUCUUGGGGAAAAGACGGCUCAUGAAAGGGUCUGUGACAGAUUUUGAGGAACUCAAAGAGACUGCCUCUCGUCUAGGCCAGCAUGGCAGAUACGAAAGGCCAGGAAAAAGGAUCAUUAGCGCUUCUGGAUCAAUGUCACAAUCACUGACUCUGAGGGGACCAGAAGUUGAUCAUGCUAUCGACAUACAAGGACCUGCUAUCCACUUCGGGCCCAUGGCUUCAGGCGAUACUGUCAUGGUCUCUGCCGAACACCGUGAUCGGAUCGCCGCUGCUGAGAACAUCAUUGCAUUCGAGAUGGAGGGUGCAGGAAUAUGGCAAGAGCUACCAUGCAUCAUUGUCAAAGGGGUAUCUGACUUUGCUGAUUGUGAGAAAACCAAGGAGUGGCAAGACUAUGCUGCUGCGAUGGCCGCUGCGACAUCGAAAGCUAUCUUGAAGAGGUACAUUCAUGCUGACAGGAAGGUUACUCCUCCUGCAGGCCAUUCUCUCUUAGCUAGGCAGCAGGGGUCAAACUAUGGCGGGACGAUAGAAUCUGUUCAUGAUGUGAACCAGGGCAAUCGCAUGCGUGUCUCAUCUAGCCAGCCACCUCGAGCCUAUGAGCAGGAAGGGUCUUCAUUUAUGACGAAUAUUCAGUCUGGUGCUGGUGUGCAACAAGGAAACGUUAUGGAGUUCUACUGAAUCGUAGCCCCUGCAUAUCUUACAGGAGGACAAGGAAUUCUGUGUCAUUCCUUUUGUUCGGUACAGCUCAUGAGUCGGAUUCUCCCUACUUUCAGUCAGUUGAUUUCCAGUUACAUGUCUUAAUCAACCAUAUGGAGGGCAAUAAGGGCCAGCUAUAGAGCUAGAGAUAUUAAAUUGAGUACUGGUUGCUAUUAGCAUCCUUGUUCUGCGCUUCGCCUAGAGUCUUAUCAAAAAAGAAAUGAGA